CUCAAACCUCAACCGCCAAGCACAUCGCUCCUACAACUCUCCAUACUCUCUGCGCGAUCGUGCUCUCCCCUCCUCUGCAAACUUCGCAAGACAGAAUCUCAUCACUCACAAUGGCUGGGCUUUCGAAUGCCAUCUACCGGACGUUCUUCCAGAGGAAUGCGGUUUACCUGACCUCCAUCUUCGCCGGUGCCUUCGCUUUCGAGAUCGCAUUCGACUCUGUCUCCAACAAGGUCUGGGACUCUAUCAACCGAGGCCGCCAAUGGAAGGAUAUCCGCCACCUAUACAUCCAGAAGGCUGAGGAGGAAGAUGAGGAGUAAAGCAGCUCUUUUCGCUUGAUGAUUAAUUUGGAUCCUUGUGGUGUGGUGGCAAGAUAGGACUUGACUCCGUGUACCUACUAUGUAGAAAUUAGUGUGGGCAAAAGCAAAUAGAGGCUCACGCCAUUUUUUUAUAUGUGAUAACAAUACCAAGAUAUAAAACAAAC